CUCGGCUUUCGGAGAUACCGCUUCAUCGGGGAAGCGGACGAGAAGUAUCCCGUUUUUGCUGAGGCCUUCGGGGGAGCAGGAGGUAGUCUACGAGGGCCCUUGGUUUUCAUAUCUUAGCACAUAGUUUAUCUGUUCGUUUUUUUUUAUUCCUUGUGCCUUCGGUUAGUAACCCCUCGAUUUUAACCUCGUACUAUUUUUGCAGGUAUCCCAGUGAAAAUGAUGAACGUCAAAGGCCUUGCGGAUCUGAAGAAGAAAAAACCUUCCAAGGGCCCGAGGGGGACGGACGCUGGUGUCCCGAAACCCACCGGUGAUUUUUUCAAGAAGCUGGAGGGGCCAUCGACGGGCCCAAGUGCUGACACGACUGUCGCCGCCAAGAGGAAGGGCACGGGCAGAGAUCCCGAGGGCAAGAAGCCCAAGACCGGGGAUGCCGGGAAGAAAGUCCCCCCGGUGGUCAUUGUUGAUGAUUGCCCCGCCUCCGGGGCGCACGAGCAAAUGCCGGUGGCGAAAGUGUCGUCGGGUGUUCAGGGGCCAUCCUCCGAGGUCCUUAUGGUUUCCCUCCCGGCUGGUACGGCCGUAAUGAACGGCACGGCUGACCCGAGGGCGCUUCUGAGAGGCAUAACCCUCGAGAUUGACAGAGUAGCCCUCGGGGCUGAUGAAGAUCAAGCCCUCGAGGACAGGAUCCUUCGGUCUUCCCUCACGACUUGCAUUGCCCUCGGGGAGCAAGCCCGGCGUCUAGAAGAGUGGCGCCUUCGCCAGGCCGAGCAGGAUGCCAAGAUGCGGGAGCUCGUCCACCAGAAUUCCGAUGCCGUCCGGCAGAUGGCUAUGCUGGAGGAGAGCCUUCGGCAGAUGACCCUGCGGGCGGAGGCCGCAGAUCGGGGCAGAGCGGAGGCUGAGAGGUCCGCAGCUGAGGCUUUGGAGAGAGCUGCCAGGGAGGCCGAGGCCGCGAAGGUGGAAGCCGUCGAGAGAGCCCGAGGGGACGCCAUCUCGGGGUUCU